UGAGGUUGAUCUCACAGUGCUGCUGCCUAACCGGGUCGGUCACACUCGGUCCUGGCGUCAUUUGCUGUCUUCCUGCUCAGAGAAACAUCUACCCGUCGCCAUGUCUCUCCGCGGUUGUCUGACCCUGUUCUUGAUUCUGCUGAGUGGUAUCGUGUAUGCUAAGAAAACGACAACCCCAUUUGCAACAGAAAAGCCCAGUACUAGCGAAAUCCCACCAGUCACACAGAUUUCCAUGACUUAUUUUCCAAUUAAAACGCAUGCCAUGGAAGCCACACCAGCUCCAACUAUUUCCCACCACACUACAGCCAAUGCUACCACAGAAGCGCCAACUACCAUUGACCACACUACAGCCAAUGCUACCACAGAAGCGCCAACUACCAUUGACCACACUACAGCCAAUGCUACCACAGAAGCGCCAACUACCACCCAUCACAAUACAACCAAUUCCACCACUGAAGCUCCAACUACUGAGCACACUAAUGCUACAACAGCCCCGACACCACCUCCGACCACUCCACCAAUCCCCAACCCAACUGUUGGAAACUACAGUGUCCGGCUUAAUGCCAAUUCCUCAGCCUGCCUUUUGGCAAAGAUGGGCCUCCAAUUCAGCUUCAAAACAAGUGUGAAUGCCAGCCUUCAGACUGUUAAUCUCGACCCUAAUGUAACCACAGCAAAUGGAACUUGUGGAAGUGGUGGCAGUAACUCUUCCCUUAUGCUGAAGUCAGAGAAAACUACAGUUCAGUUUGUUUUCACAAAUGUUUCAGAGAAAUUCCACCUGCAUGCUUUGAUGCUCUCUAUUGAUUUUGGAAAUGGAAGCUUUUUCAAUGAAUCCAAUACUAAUCUGACUCUUUGGGAGGCAUCUGUUGGCAGCUCCUACAUGUGCAAAAAAGAGCAGAGUUUCAACAUCUCAGACAAGCUUGCCAUCAACAUAUUUGAGCUACAAGUGCAGCCUUUUGCAGUCCAGAAAGACAAGUUUAGCACAGCCUAUGAAUGUUCAAUGGAUGACACCAGUCUCUUAAUCCCAAUCAUUGUUGGUGCUGCUCUGGCUGGUUUGAUUUUCAUUGUUGUGAUUGCAUACGUGAUCGGUCGACGAAGGACCCAAGUUGGAUAUCAGACUCUGUAAUGCACCAAAAUCAAAUCAUUAAGUGUUUCAAGGGACACUUAAGCCUGUUCCUGGGCCAUUUCAAAUAUUAUGGGUAUUUGUGCAAUCUCAAUUGGCAACUAAAUUGUGGCCACAAGUUUAAAAAAAAAAAAAAAAAAAGAGGGGGGUCCUAAUAAUGUGGUCAAUAAAUCCAGCAGCCCUUAAAUUGUAACAAUAAAAAUAUGAAUAUACAGUGGCAUUCCAGGGCUUUUUUUUUUUUUUUUUCCUCAGUUUUGUAUCCAAGUGCGUGGUCUUGGUCUCUUUUGCUUGCAGCCAUAAAUGUUAUCCAUGCUCUUGAAUGUAUCUUAGUACAUCUGUCAUCAGUCUUGCAACAUUUUAUUCUUAAUGACAUCAUGCAAGAACAAGGUUUUUUUUUUUUUGUGCUCAUCAAGUCUUUCAUUGCUUGCGUCCACAGAAUAUGAGUUUAGUUAGCUACUGGUCAACUACAAUAGUUUGGGUUGUUACUCUGAACUUUAGUGAUUGGACAGAGAUUGGCCACCUCGCUUUUUUUAUAGAAAUAAGGUGGCUUUGCAUUAUGUUAGCAGUCCUAUAUUCAGAGCAGCUGUGUGGGGAAAUUGAACAAUUGAAAUUCUAGUACCAGAAAAUUGAUGCUUGUGAAGUUUAAACCUUCAUAAGCAUGAGGACCUAUGUAUUAAAGUGCAAUGCCUGGUAGUUUUGACUGGUAAUAAAGCAAAUAACACUAGAAGAAUUUAAGUCAUACUGUUACUAAAUGUUAUUGGGCAUAUUUGGUAACUAAUUAAAAAGGGACGACUACAGAAGGAAUGCAUCAGCCUUUUCCUCAAUUACUCCACAAUAACUAUAGUUUAAAUGAUACAUGCUGCUUAUUGCAAACUGUGACUUAUAUUUGCUACAGGAGGAAUUUGUCAUCUCUUUGAACCCGCUGUAGAGUGGUAGUGGUUGCAGAUAAUUUUUAAAUGCAGAUGUUUAGUUUUUUGUUCAUUUAUAUUCACAUACUAUGGUUAUUGCUUGAUUAUUGGCUUUUUUUUUUUUUCCUCUGCACUAUAACCGGGCACAUUUAAUUCUCAAGACUGGUCACUGAGAAUUUGUGCCUUGCUUAUUGAAAUUUCUUGUCAUCCAAUCAGUUACAUAACUUGUUCAAUGAAGUUGGAUUUAUUGAUUUUUACUAAGGCUACACUUUUGAUGUUUUCUGUUACAGACUUUUUGUUAAAAGGGAUUUCUUAUUUGUCUGCCCUUAAACUAAUGUGUUCAAUGCAAGUUUUGCAAUUGAAAUGACUGCUUUUCAAAUGUUGACAUGGACCUUUAGCUGCAAUAAAUGGAGAGGUGUGUGUGGUGUGUGUGUGCAUUGAAACUGGUGUGGGCCAUCUUUUUAGUCCUUUGCAAAAACUUCAUGCAUAGUUAAAAGAAUAAUUUACCUAAAUUCUUAUUUACUUGCCCUCAGUCCCAAAUUAGUAUGACUUUCUUCAGCAGAACACAUUUGUAGACAAAUCUCAGCUUAUCAUACAAUGCAAGUGAAUGGUGAUCAGACAUUUUGUUGCUGAAAGUAAUCCAUAUGACUCCAGUGUUUAAAUCCAUAUCUUCAGAAGAAAUAUAAUAGCUGCUGGUGAAACCUUUUUUUUCUUAAACAAUCAGUACUUUCAGGUUUGAAGCUAAACGGGCAUCAUGUGUGAAAGUGGAGAUGAUCUUUCUCACCCACACCUAUUUGAUCGCUUCUGAAGAUACGGAUUUAAACACUAGUCUUAUGUGAUACUUAGUGUUUCAGAGAUCUAAAGUUUUGAAGUAAUUUGGUUUAUUUGCAGUUACAUGAGUCCGCUACUUGAAAUAUUGUUUAACUGGUGUAGCAAUAAUUUCCUUUUCCAAUACAUUAUGUACCAGUGACUAUGUGAAAAGGUUGGCCUUUGUGGCACUAUUAUAGCACUAUUCUAAUUUGAUCUGUGUAAAUUGGGGUUACUGUUCAGAUUAACAAUCAAUGUUAUUUCACUACUGUGCAAUACUUUGAGCCUUACUAACCUUGCAUACUGAGAAGCUUUGAUGCCUCUUACCCUCUUGUGCUAUGCCUAAAUGAUAUACCUGCUUUGAGUCCCUAGUGCUGUUUUUAUAAAAAAAAAUGGAAAUCACUCAUCUUCCUUUUUCUCUCCCUUUCUCCCAGCGGAGGAGUGCUUUCUGGAUACUGAUUUGAGUUUUCUCGUGCCCAUUGCUGUGGGUGUGGCUCUCAGCUUCCUAAUCAUACUAGUGCUUAUAUCUUACCUGAUUGGCCGGAGGAAAAGUCGCACUGGUUACCAGUCUGUAUAA